GAACACAUAACAAUAAUAUCCGAUUUGUCAUCGAACGCACCGAUGACAACAACUCAUUUUGAUCUAAUAAAAUUUUCCAACAUGAGUUCAGUGUUAGCCACAACGAUAGCUAAUAACAGAAAAAGGAUAAGAAAUCAAGUUCUUAAACGUAGAAGCAGCUUUGUUAAAAUACGCAAAGUUGGUUUUAUAAGUGAUGUAACUGUUGGAGAAUUCCUGGAGCAUUUCAUUUACACAAAGUCAUCAGAAUGGAGCACACAAUUUCCGGAUUCGAAUGGACAAAAUCAGUCACCUAUAAAUCUUGUGUCUAAGACAGCAGUGUACGAUCCGAAGUUUAAGGAGAAACUUCUAUCAAUUUCAUAUUCUUCGUCGAGGGAAACAGACUUCUUAAAUAACGGACAAACUGUUGUUAUCUACCCGAAAUCUAGAAACGAUACAUCAGUUAGACAAGAACAAGCUGUUCGCUCAGUAAUAACUGGUGGCCCGUUGGACGAUGAUGAAUACGAGUUAGCCGAGAUCAGAUUCCACUGGGGACGGUGUAGCGGGAGAGGAUCCGAGCAUACAGUUAAUGGAAAGGCUUUUCCUAUGGAGCUGCAGUUUAUACAUUGGAAUUCAACACUUUAUCAAAAUUUAGAAGAAGCUACCGGGAAAGAUAAUGGAAUUGCAGCAAUUUGUUUGUUUGUGCAGAUUGGUCGAGAAAACCCAGCAUUUAAAGCUCUUAUUGCGGAUUCCUUAGAUGAUAUAUUGUACAAGGGUAGACAAAAGACAACGUAUGCGCCUUUCAAUCCGGCCUCCUUAUUACCAGUUUCUGAGCUGUUACAGGAUUACUGGGUAUAUGAUGGAUCUCUAACACAUCCACCGUGUAGUGAAAAUGUUACAUGGAUCCUGUUACGCUAUCCACUGCUAUUAUCACAAGAACAAGCUAUGGAUUUCCGUCGACUUAAUACAUACAGUCAAGAAACUAAAGUGACGAAUGCUUAUGAAGGCAAACUUGUAGACAAUUUUCGUCCCAUACAACCACUGAAUGGCAGGAAGAUCAGAGCAUCGUUUCAGUAGAAGUUACAGCUAUGACGACGCUUUUUAUGAUGAAAUAUUCAGACUAGU